AUGGAGCUUGACUGCCCGGAUCCAGAAGUUAUGAGAACAAAGUGUGUCAUGAAAUUGACAUCCAAUGCAAACGCACAACAGCCAGCAUAUAGUCUGGUGUGCCACGAGGCGCGCGAUGCCGCAUUAAAGGACGAUUGGGAGGACCCAAACCUGCUCAACAAUCCGUGGUUUAAUCCAGGAAAAGAUAUUAUGCAUCUCAAUGGGGAUCAAAGCGAUGCGGAGGACUACGAAAUAUCUAGUGAUCAAAUCCCACAUCAAACUCUCAUUGCGUAUGCCAAAAUCGCUCGGGGAGGCUCAUUCAUGGCAACUCUUGUACAUCCUUUCGAGAAGCCAGGGUAUUUUUUCUCUUCCCAACCCCUCAUUGACGAAGUCAAGGGCAACUUUCCACUCAUUGAGCAGAUGAACGGCUUCAAAGUCUGUCUCACGGUCAUUACCAUUCAUGCCACAACAAUACAGGUUGUUGAACGCUCGGCUGUUUGGGAGUUCGGCGGCGCCGGUCCAACUCGUCGAACCCUCGGAUCGAGAGGCCAUUCGUCGUAUUUAAAGGACUCUGAGCCUGUGGAAAUAUUUGAAGAAAUGAUUCCCACCCCCGAUGACUUCGAGGCUCGUGUCUGCAAAUGGCAUGAGGAGUAUGAACGUCAUCGCUAUGGAACUUUGAAUAGUAUUGAUUCACCCCGAGAUGUUUGGACUGGGCCAGACUUUGACCAUCUAGGACGACCAAUGACGGGCCUCAAUCCGGAAAAUAUAUAUAUGCCCAGCCACGAAUUCAACAGGGCGCACCCGUGGCUUCAAUCUAUACUUGAUAAGAUGCCUCGUUUUCAUCCGGUCAUCAUGUUCAGGUUCUGUGAAGCCAAGUGCACAAUCGAGUCAUAA